AUGCCUGAUAUCAGGAAUUUCUUUGGCCCCAAGGGUGGCGCGGCACCCCAAAGCCGAUCAAGAAAGCACCCGUCGAGGAUAGCAAAGCCAAGCGAGCGAGUCCUUGAUGACAGUGACGACGAGCCUGUCGAGUCGCCGACCCUCCUGCUUCGAGGCCAGCAAAGUUGCGCCGCCGGCUUCCAAAAGCAAACAACGUCGUACCGAGACUAUAACGACGACGACGACGAUGACGACGCGUAUAUGGACGAUGGGGAUGAGGAUGCGGAUGACAUUCAUGCUGCUGACAUGAAAAGUCGGAGUAAACGUCGCAACGACGAUUACAUGGAUGAUGAGAGCGAGGAUGACCUCCGCCCCAAACCCAAGCGUGUGGCGUCUCGAGGUUCGGCUCUGCGAGCUACUGUGGAAGUAAAGUCAACGCCUCCCAAGAAGAGGAAAUCGCCUGAGCCGGAGUCGGAGUCGGAGGAAGAAGCGCCACGCAAAAAGGCUGCCCCAGCACGCCCACGAGCUCCGAGAGCUACCAAGGCAGCCAAUGACGAUGAAGACCCGAAUAUCCAGAAAAUUCUCGACGACAUCCCAACCACUGUUGAUCGAGAGGUAGCGCAGGCGCUCGUCAAGAAGUACGACGGCAAGGUCACUGGCCAACCGAGCGGCAAGACAGACUUCGUCGUACUGGGAGAGGAUGCUGGCCCCAGCAAGCUUGCCAAGAUCAAGGCCCUUGGGAUCAAGACGAUCAACGAAGAAGGCCUUUUCGACUUGAUCAGGCGUCUCCCAGCCCACGGAGGAAGUGGAAAGGGUGCCGAAAAGGCCCGACAGAAGAAGGAGGAGGAGGCUAGCAAAGCCAAGCAACAGGCAGUCGAGAUGGAACGGGAAGAAAACGCUCGCAAAGCUGAAGCUGACAAGAUUGCCAAGGCUGCCGCCGCCUCUCGUGGUCUUGCAGCCCCGGCCCCACCCCAAGCCGCGCAGCUUUGGACAACAAAGUAUGCGCCGGCGCAGUUGUCGCACAUUUGCGGCAACAAGUCCAAUGUAGAAAAGAUUCAAAAUUGGCUCAAUAACUGGCAAAAGUCGAAAAAGUACGACUUCCAAAGGCGAGCGGCGAAACUCGCUGGGUAUGACAUUCUCGAGAGCAACGCUAGCGAUACCCGUAGCAAGCGUUUGGUGGAGGAAGGAUUGAGCGACGCAAUGGACAACACUUCGCUCCGUGGCUAUUUUGCGGGUGACGGCAAGACCGUGGACUCAACCAAGAAGAAGAUGGUCCUGAUCAUGGAUGAGGUGGACGGCAUGUCGGCAGGCGACCGCGGCGGUGUUGCUGCCCUCGCUAAAUUUUGCAAGAAGACGGAAGUUCCCCUGAUUCUCAUCUGCAACGAGCGACGCCUACCCAAGAUGAAGCCGUUCGAUCAUGUUGCGCUAGAUAUCAAAUUCCAGCGGCCUACCGUCGACCAGGUUCGAUCCCGAGUCAUGACCAUCUGCCACAGGGAGGGUCUCAAGUUGGCUCCUCAGGUUAUAAACGCACUAAUCGAGGGCUGCAACAAGGACAUCCGUCAGAUCGUCAACAUGCUCUCAACGAUCAGAUUGGAUCAAAGCUCCAUCGACUUUGACCAAACAAAGUCGAUGACAAAGGCUUGGGAGAAGCAUGUAAUUCUCAAGCCUUGGGAUAUCUGCCAAAAGAUGCUCGGCGGUGGAUUGUUUGCCCCGUCGAGCACCGCUACGCUCAACGACAAGAUCGGCCUAUAUUUCAACGAUCACGAAUUCAGCUACCUGAUGAUUCAAGAAAACUACCUCAAGACUAAGCCCGCGCUGCUUAAUGGCAAAGGUUACUCACCCCGCGAGGCAAAGCUCAAGGCCCUCGAGCUGGUCGAUAAGGCUGCGGAGAGCAUUAGCGAUGGCGAUCUUGUUGAUCGUAUGAUUCACGGUCCUCAACAGCACUGGAGUCUUAUGCCUGCCCACGCUGUUUUCAGCACUGUCAGGCCUGCUAGCUACAUAUCUGGUCAGCUUCUCGACAGCGGGUUUACGUCGUGGCUUGGAAACAACAGCAAGCAGAAUAAACUGGGCCGCAAUGUUCGAGAAAUUCACAGUCACAUGCGGCUCAGGGCAUCUGGAGACCAUACUGAGAUUCGUCAACAUUAUCUACCUACUUUAUGGAACGCCACGCUCAAGCGACUUGCUGUGGAAGGUAGGGAAGCAGUUGAUGAAGUCAUUGAGCUCAUGGAUAGCUACUACUUGACGCGGGAGGACCUCGACUUCAUGACGGAGUUGGGCCUUGGACCCCAACAGGACAGGCCGGGAAUGAUCGACACCCAAGUCAAGUCACACUUUACGAGAACAUACAACGGCAUGAGCCAUCCGCUGCCAUUCAUGAAAGCGAGCACUUCUGUAGCAGCACCGAAAAAGCCCAAGGAGGUACCUGAUCUUGAGGAAGCGGUUGAGGAGGACGAUGAUGCGGACGUGGCGGAACCUGAGCCGACUGGUGGUGAUGAUGAGCUGGACCUGAAGGGGGACAAGUACAUCAAGAAGCCCAAGCCCAAGGCGAAGAAGCCGGCGAAAAAGAAGGCGGCUAAGAACGAUGACGACGAGGAUGAACAGCCCAAGGCCCGCGACAACGAUGAAGAAGAUGAGGAUGAGGGCCACUCUCUCAUCAACGCGGAGCUCACCGCCAGGGAAGAUCCUGGACGAGCCGACCAGCUCCCUCUCCUAAACGACCCUCCCCGAGAACCUCCCACCUUUGAAGGGUUCAGGCCACGACCGGGCCCAAAUCCAACGCGUUCGGGGACAUUCCACUUCACGUUCGCAAGAAUGGCCCAGCUCAACCUCCUCAAGGAACUGAGAGCCGGGGCCCACAAAAAUGGCCUCCUUUAUCCCCGCGAGUUCCGCGAGGCAGCAGAGAAGAAGCGCACGCGCGAGAAGAUUCGCAGAACCAUCCAGCGCCAGUUUGAUGAACUGCAGUACCGGCACGCCUACCUCACCCGGGCAGUCGGGACCCACCGCCGUGACGCCCGCGCCGCCGCUGCAGACAUGGAAGCCCUGGAGCAGGAGAUCCGGAAAGAGGUCCUCGCUGCCGGCUACUCGUCCAUUGAUGGAAUGAUGGAGGCGACCGCCACUUUGCAGCGGGGACUCACCAGGCAGCUUCGAAACAGUCCUGAGAUGGUGGGUGGUGCCAACACGGCGCCCAGCGUCGAAAAAUCGAGCCUCCUGUGUUUGUCGAUUUGCUGA